CGUUCUCUGCUCCUCCUCCGGGUCACGCUGCUCGCUGCUCCCGGUUCUUUUCCUCCACGUUCCGACAUGUUGCACCUCCGGUCCACGGCGGUGCUCAACGAGCUCCUCCAGAGGCUCGCCGGCGGGGGGAGAGCGGCCCCUGCUGCCGCCGCCUGCCUCGGCAGCACCGGGGCUCCGGGAGGGAGGUCGCCGGGCGGAGGGAGGUCGUUCCCCGGCGGAGGGAGCUCGUUCGCCGGGUGGAGAGCUCCGCAGCACCUCGCCAGGAAGCAGCACUCGGUCCGGGGCUUCUGCUCCAAGAGCGACGGCCACGACGAGGCCGCCAAAGAGUCGUCAACGGAGAAGAGAAGGAAAGCCGGCAUCCUGCCCAGUCUGGAGGACCUGCUGUUCUACACCAUCGCUGAGGGCCAAGAGAAAAUCCCUGCUCACAAAUUCACCACAGCUCUUAAAGCCACGGGGCUUCGCACAGGAGACCCCCGGCUGAAAGAAUGUAUGGAGAUGCUGAAGGUGACCUUGAGGCAAACGUCUGACGGAGCGCUCGACAGACACCUCUUCAAAAAAUGUGUCCAGAGCAACAUUGUUCUGCUCACCCAGGCCUUCAGGAAGAAGUUUGUCAUCCCAGACUUUCAGCCGUUCCGUGCGCACAUCGACGAGCUGUAUGAAAACGCCAAAAACAUGUCUGGAGGGCAGGUGGCGGACUACAUCCCCCAGCUGGCCCGCUUCAGUCCCGACCUGUGGGCCGCCGCCCUGUGCACCGUGGACGGACAGAGGCACACCGUGGGCGACACCAAGGUUCCCUUCUGUCUGCAGUCCUGCGUCAAGCCGCUGAAAUACGCCAUCGCCGUCCACGACCACGGCACCGAGUACGUUCACCGCUUCAUCGGCAAAGAGCCCAGCGGCCUGCGGUUCAACAAGCUCUUCCUGAAUGAGGAGGAUAAACCACACAACCCCAUGGUUAACGCCGGCGCCAUCGUCUGUACCUCCCUCAUUAAGCAAGGGGCCAGCAACGCGGAAAAGUUUGAUUAUGUCAUGGACUUCAUGAACAAACUGGCAGGAAACGAGUACGUGGGCUUCAGCAACGCCACUUUCCAGUCGGAGCGCGAGUCUGGAGACAGAAACUUUGCCAUUGGCUACUACCUGAAGGAGAAGAAGUGUUUUCCAGAGGGCACAGACAUGACGUCCAUCCUGGACUUCUACUUCCAGCUGUGUUCCAUCGAGGUGACCUGCGAGAGCGCCAGCGUCAUGGCAGCGACUCUGGCCAACGGCGGCUUCUGUCCAAUCACAGGCGAGCGUGUGCUGAGCCCCGAGGCCGUGAGGAACACCCUGAGUCUGAUGCAUUCCUGCGGCAUGUACGACUUCUCGGGACAGUUUGCUUUCCACGUCGGGCUGCCGGCUAAAUCUGGCGUUGCCGGUGGGAUUCUGCUGGUUGUACCAAACGUGAUGGGCGUCAUGGUAUGGUCUCCUCCUCUGGACAAGCUGGGCAACAGUGUCAGAGGAAUCAAGUUCUGCACGGACCUGGUUUCUCUCUGUAACUUUCACAACUACGACAAUCUGAGGCACUUCGCGAAGAAACUGGAUCCUCGCAGGGAGGGGGGAGACCAGAGGGUGAAGUCGGUGAUCAACCUGCUGUUUGCUGCUUACACCGGAGACGUCUCCGCUCUGAGGAGGUUUGCUUUGUCCUCUAUGGACAUGGAGCAGAGGGACUAUGACUCCAGAACCGCUCUGCAUGUCGCGGCUGCUGAAGGACACACUGAGGUUGUGCGUUUCCUGCUGGAGGCCUGUAAAGUCAACACGAUUCCCAAAGACAGGUGGGGCAACACGCCGAUGGACGAGGCCAUCCACUUCGGCCACCACGACGUGGUGACCAUCCUGAAAGACCACCACAACAAGUACAGCCCCCAGGACCCCACCACGGACAAGACCAACGCAGAGCAGAACCUGGACGGGAUGCUCUGAUGGAACAGAAGCGGGAAGGUCAUGAACUCUGAAAGAAAAACCUCCAGGUAGUCAGUUUGAUCUGAGGGGGAAAGAUGUCACUCUGCACUUGAGACAACAUGUACAUCCUGGUGAACAGCCACAGUAGAAAACAUAAUAACAACCCAGAUAACUAAGUGUACGGAUCAAACCUAGAAGACGGCGUAACCGCUCCUCAUCAUGUCGUUGGUAGAUGUCGUUUUUGUAUUAUAUUCAUGUAUGUAACACAAGCGGGGAAGUAUUUUUAUGGCGGUUUCUCCUUCUGUAUUUCGUUUUCAGCUCUGUAGCUUUGUAGGAAAAAACCGGCCACUAGUUGAAUGCUGGGUAAAUUUGGCUGUGGCUGGUCAGUGGAUGGACUCAGGUGUGAACAGACUGUGUGGUGCUCUGGUCACUUCAUCAUCACAACGUGGUG